AAAAUAAAAACAAAUACUUUUUCAAAGUUAAAAUCACGCUAAAAAAAGCUACCGAAUUCAAGGUUUAUUGUUCUUGGAUUUGGAUAAAUGGAUUUCCAAAAGGACACUCACAAAAAAAAUCGACUAUUAUGCCCUCUCAUUUGGGCCAUCAUAAGCACUUCGCUAUUUCUGGUAUCACUGAUCGUAGACUUCCAACAUGAAGCAAUCAAAGAACACGUUCGUUUUCGCAAAGGAUUUCCAUCUCGGACUGCCUGGGAACAUCCACCAGAUUGCACUUUGAAAUUCUAUCUUUUCAAUGUUACCAAUUCCGAAGCCUUUCUAAAUGGUACCGAUAAAAAACUUCAUGUUCAACAAAUCGGACCAAUUAUUUAUCGGGUAAAAAUUGGAAAUACCGAUAUUGACGUUGACGAAAAAGAAUCCACAAUGACGUUUCGUAAAUUGCGUGGAAAAGAAAUCACAUUUGACGAAGAGAACAGUCCGCCAGGAAUAUUGGAUCAAAAAAUCAUCUAUCCGAAUGUUGUGCUCCUGAGUAUGGCUGCGAAGCUUCAUGAUUGGUUUGUUUUGACAAGGAAUCUUUUUAAUAUGUACGCUAAGAAUGAACCAAUAUUUGUUCAUCACACUGUCAAUGAACUUUUGUGGAAUUAUACGACACCAUUGAUUGAAAAUGUUCGACCAUGGGUUCCGGGAGUGGUGGACAAUGCCGGUACGCUGUACAAUGCUUUCCGUGAAACCAAAGAAGUGUACAAGGUUAAUAUUGGACUUAAAAAUGGAAUGGAGAACUUCUUUAAAGUUCGUUCAAUAAAUAAUUUAACAGUCUUCGGAAAGCAACUUAACAAACAGCAAUUGGAUCCUGAAACCUGUCCAGUUCAUGUUGCAAAUGCAUUCGACAAUACCCUUUAUCCUCCAGGUAUGCAGCGUGAAGACCGAUUUUCAAUAAUUGCUGCUGAUUCUUGUCGAACACUGCCUAUGGUUUAUGAUAGCGAUGUGGACAAUGGAAAAGGAUUGAGUGGUUAUAAGUUUGUUAUGGACAAGGAUAAGAAAUCAAGUUGUCUAAGAGAUUCCAUGGAUAUUCCGCUACCAGAGGGAAUGUUUGACGUUUCCAGCUGUCAUUUUGGUGUCCCUGCGUCCUACUCACAACCUCACUUCUUUGGAUCAUCAUACAACUUCGAGGAACAUAUUGAAGGACUAUCUCCCAACGAAGACGAACAUCAAACCCACAUCUUCAUUGAGCCUAAAAUCGGAGUUCUUUUUGGAAUCAAACAUAGAUUUAUGCAAAGUAUUCCAAUGCCACAUUUGAAUGGUUUCAGUGAAGGAAUCCGGAGAUUCAAUGGAAUGUUUGUACCAACCUUUUGGUAUGAAUAUGACAUUGAUGAUUUGCCAUUUCACGCAACUUUGAUGCUCAAGACAACAGCUUACUACAUACCAUAUUUUCAAAAACUAUGCAUAAUUGUGUUUUUACUUGGAACAGUUGUAAGUCUUACGACAAUUAUCUGUCGAAAAUAUGGCAUAAGUCCGAGAGAAGUUCUGUGGUUUGGUCAUCGUGAGAUGCAACAAACCAUAUCAGAAGUUCCAAAAUAUUACGAUGAUUCAAAAUCAUUUCUACCCAAAAAUGCCAUAAAGGUGUACCUCCCGCAAACAAAACUAACAAAAUCUAACAUGAGCUUAACAACAUCCCAAAAGCCUCUUCAAGUAGAAUCUCAAGAUUCUUUGCAAAGUGGUCAAAAAAAGAAAAUCGGAUGUGCAAUUUUCUACUUCGUCGUUGCAUUUAUCAGUGUUUUCUUCAGUGUUAUUUCCCUCCGGUAUGACUUCCUCGAAUUGGCCUUAAAUGAACGAAUCAAACUUCGUCCAGGUUUACCACCCUUUGAAAAAUGGAGAAACCCCUCAAAUGUUAAGAUUGCAAUUAAACUUAAUCUCUUUGCUGUUGAAAAUCCAACUGAAUUCCUUGCUGAUAAUAAUGUUAAACUCAAACUUAAAGAAAUCGGUCCAAUUUACUAUAAGAAAAUAAUGAACCAAGAAGAUAUUGUCUUCCAUGAAGAAGACUCAACCAUGUCAUAUUCAACAGUCUACCGAUUGGAAUUUGUUGAAGAAAUGAAUGAACCUGGAAUUCUGAAUAAAACUAUAACAAUCAUAAAUCCAGUGAUUUUGGGUCUAGCUGCUAUGAUACAUGAUCAAUUUUUGGCUAAAGUAGCAUUUGAUUUUUUGGCUGAUAAAGAUCAUGUGUUCAUCAAUAGGACUGUUUAUGAAGCUCUGUGGAAUAGUACAUCACCGAUGUUGGAAAUUGUUAAGCAAAUUCCAUUUGCCGCAGCAAGGCCUAACGCUGGAAUUAUGUUCAAUUCCUUUUACCCAACACCAACCCGAUACAACGUCAACAUUGGCCCUAAACAUGGUUAUGAGAAUUUUUUCAAAAUCAACACCCUCAAUGGAUUGUCGAGUAUCCAAGUUCAUGGAAAGAAUUUCCCUGAACAUUGUCCCUUUUCACUAAAAGGUGCAAGUGAAGGAACCGGACUUCCACCACGGCUUACAAAGGACACUGUUAUUAAAGCUUUUACAAACAAUCUCUGUCGAACUUAUCCAAUGGUCUACAAUCGAACUGUCAAGGUUGGACCAUUGGAUACUUAUGAGUUUGUAUUUGCUUCGGACAUCUAUAAGAGAAACGAAGACCCCGAAAAAGACUGUUUGCGACAGACUGGAGGUGUAAUUCUUCCAGAUGGUCUUAUCGAUUCGUCAAAAUGUGCUUUUGGAACUCCGGUAGCACUUUCAAAUCCUCAUUUCUUGGGAUUCCACGGUGAAUGGGAGAACUAUAUCGAAGGACUUGAACCAAGUGAGGAAAAACACUCAUCGCAUAUUCUAGUUGAACCAACAACAGGAAUUCAACUAGAAGCUAUUGCAAGAAUGCAAUCGAACAUAGCUCUUCCCUCGUUGGAAUAUUAUCCACCAGAAGUUAAAAGAUUCAGUAAAAUGAUCUUGCCACAAUUUUGGAUGGAAUAUUCCGUUAGCAAUGAUGAUAAAUUUAUUCGAGGAAUGAUUGUAUUUUUUAUUAAUAUGCCAGUGAUACAACCAAUUAUUGUGAUAUUGUUAUUAACUUUAAGUUUAUUUUCGGUCUAUAGAACUGUUAAACUAAUGAUGUCUCUUAAUAUGAAAAAAUCAUUGAAUCUUAAAAAACAAAAAGUAAUUGUUAAUAAUUGCAAUAUUUCUGAUCAAUUUAUUAGUGCUUUUAGUGAUAAUUCAUUCAUUGCACUUUAAGGAAAAACAAAUUUUUAACAUUGUAUAUUUAUAGAUAAAAUUUCCAUUAAGUUAUAAAAAUAGAGGUUAAGUUUUUUUAAUGCCUAAAUGAUAUUAGUUUGUAUGAAAAAUUGUUUGUAAAUAGGGAUUUUGAUUAAUGAAUUUAUAGAGAAAUCUUG